AUGGGCAACGUCAUGGAGGGCAAGUCGGUGGAAGAACUGAGCAGCACCGAAUGCCAUCAGUGGUACAAGAAAUUCAUGACGGAGUGCCCCUCUGGCCAGCUCACCCUCUACGAAUUCCGCCAGUUCUUUGGCCUCAAGAACCUGAGCCCCUCAGCCAGCCAGUAUGUGGAACAGAUGUUCGAGACCUUUGACUUCAACAAGGAUGGCUAUAUUGACUUCAUGGAAUACGUGGCCGCCCUGAGCCUGGUCCUUAAGGGCAAGGUGGAACAGAAGUUGCGCUGGUAUUUCAAGCUGUACGACGUCGACGGCAACGGGUGCAUAGACAGGGACGAGCUGCUCACCAUCAUCCGGGCCAUCCGAACCAUUAAUCCCUGGAGCGACUCGUCCAUGAGCGCCGAGGAAUUCACAGAUACCGUGUUUGCCAAGAUCGACAUCAACGGGGAUGGGGAACUGUCUCUGGAGGAGUUUAUGGAAGGUGUCCAGAAGGACCAGAUGCUCCUGGACACGCUGACCCGAAGCCUGGACUUGACCCGCAUCGUGCGCAGACUCCAGAACGGCGAACACGAGGAGGCAGGCGCUGGCGACCUGGCAGCCGAGGCUGCAGGUUGA